UCAUCAGAGCGAGUGAGAUGAUUUGUCUCUGACUGCAAGCUCUGAUCUCCUCUGAGCUUUUUGAAUACGAACCACAUCACGCUGGGCUCACAUUUGGGUCUGGCUGCAGCCUGGAGCCACACUGGUGAAGUGACGUGCGCGCCUGACGACGCUAAAUGGCAGCACUUGAAAUAGCGUGUACCUGCCAGCAGCGCGCGCUUCACCCACUUGGCUGAUGCGAUCGCGGACGAACACUUUCGCUUUUGCGCUUCAGCACCGCGACGCGCUGGACAGCUCCUCCGUCUACAGCAGCGGAAAACCAGAGCAAUUAGAAACUGAAGUUUAUUUUUUACUUUAAGUUUAAAAAAAAAAAAAAAACGAUGGGAACAACAAACGUCUCCUUCUUUGAUUUCAUCGGAGGAGUCCAACUUCUCCAGGGCGAGGACACCAGAACAGCCAUACCGGUCAUCCUCAUCGGGAUCUGUGUGUCUGGAGCGGUUGGGAACUUGCUGGUUUUGCUGAUUUUCAUCCGUGACUUCAGGAGCGGACGGGGCUCCGAGGUGAAGGCGCUCCUCGCCUCUUUGGCGUCCACGGACUUGCUGAUCCUGUUGCUGUGCGCCCCCGUGCGCGCCGUCACCUACUACAAGCAGACCUGGACCCUGGGUACUUUUGUGUGCAGCACCGCGGACUGGUUCCAGCACUCGUGCGUGGUGGCGAAAACUUUCAUCCUCGCUGUCACCACGCGAGCCAAGCACACGCUGGCGCCCAGCGCAGCCGCGGGGCCGCGCCGCAGCCCGACGUGGAUCCACGGAGCACUGGCGUUCAUCUGGAUCGUGGCCAUGCUGUUCCCGAUGCCGCAGAUGCUUUUCGCGACUCUGGUGCCCCACGGCAGCGACGCCGUCUGCGUCUCUGAGAUGCCAGCGUGCGCGUCAAACUUCAUGGGUUUGUUCUACAAGAUUUACCCAACCGCGACCUUCGUGGUGCCGGUCAUGUCCACGGUUGCCUACUACACCAAGACCCUGCACACUGCUGUGAACCACGCGCCGAGCCCGCAGCACCAGAGCAAAGUCACCCUGGUUCUUCUGUGUCUGAGCGGCGCGCUGGGGCUGAUGCUGCUGCCGGAGUGGGGGACGUUCACCUGGAUCAGACUCGGCUACAACAAGCCGCCCCUUGGUUUGAUCAUCUUUGCGCAAGUCCUGCUUUACGCAUGCAGCGCGCUCCCUCCGGUCCUCCUGAUGACCAUGUACGACGACGUGCGCCAGGGACUCGUCACCAUUUGGUUCGUGGCGACUUGCAGACGCGCAAAGAACGUGCCCGCCAGCGGCGACGAGUGUCCAAAAGCGGAGGGAAACGGAGCGGAGGUGCGGGGCUCGAACGCCGUCGCAAACGCGGUACCAGCGGAGAAUGAGAAGACCUUCCCGGACUUGGAGCACUUCUGGACGGGGCGCAGGGACACGCACGUCGAGGAGGAGCAGGAUCCGGUUCCGUGGGAGAGAGAAGAGAAGAUGUUGUAGACAAUCAGACGUGGAAAGUGUCUUUUUUGAAGAAUCCAUCUGGUUUCCAGUGUUGACACAGCGCAGACUAGAGCUGCUUUUUUUUUGAUAAUCAAUUGCUUUGAGUGUAUUUUUUCUUGUAGAUCUCAGAUUUUUCAGCUUCUUAAAUGUGAAUAUGAUCCAAAUAACAAAGAAAUAAUUCAAACUGAUUGAUUUAAGGGGUUUCGUGGACUAAACAAGACAUUUGAGAUCAUUUUGAGGUCAAUAUUUAAACAUUUAGCAACAUUUUCUUUUGUUUACAUUUUGUUGACCAAACAACCAACAAUCGAUAGAUCAAUGGAUUUUGAUUAUUGAUUAGUUGCAGCUCUAUAGUGCAGACUCUUGGUCUUGUCUUGCAUUGGUCAGAUGUAAAAUUGUUCGUUGUGACACUUUUGCACAGUCAGAUCAACACUAAAACAAUUAAAUUCAACAUAAUUUCAAACUGUAUUUAACAGUUUGAUGUCACAGUAGCAAUAAAAUAAGUAUUUCUACGUUUUGGAAUAGUGUUAUCAGCUGAAUUUAACAUUAUUUCAGACAUAUUUAACUGUUUUAGUGUUAGGCUAACACUGAAAAAGGAGAAUUUAAAACAGCUUCACCAAGUUAAACAUGUUUUAAGUUAACAUUACCACAGAACGUUUGAAUAAAUUUGAAUACACUUGUGCAAUUAUUUAUGUAGUAAAGUAACACUUUGAUAUUCCAUUUUAACAAUAUUUAAGUAUCUUUAACCCUUUUAGUGUUAAAUUAACACCAAAAAGUUCAAUUUAACACAUUUCCAUAGUGUACAUAAUUCUUAUGUUGUUUAAGUUAAGUUAUUUUAACACCAAUCCUGAUUAGGACCAAGUUCAAUAGUGUGAAAUUAAACUCUUUGAGUCUAAAAUAGUGAGUUACAAUUACCGCUGUCCAAGUAUUGGACAAAUAUUCAAUUCAAAUGGGCGCUGAAAACCUUUAGUGUUUCUUUGACUCUGCAAAAUGCACCGUGUACGGAUGUUUCUACAUAUCUGCGUAGGAUACAUUUGUUCUUGCGCUGUCAAGUACACAGAGCACCUUCACUAGAGUUUUGUACGAAGAUGAAUCAAAUGUAAAUAUCCAGGACACUCGAGCAUCAAAGGGUUUGUUGUGAUUGUGUGGUGUGUGUGUGUGAUUAAAAUAUUCUCAAAUAAAGACUGUUCUGAGGUUG